UCCAAAUACAAAUCCAUCAGCUAUGAUGAAUAUAUUUGAUCUAUCAUUACGUUUAUCAACAUCAAUGAUGACAACAAAACAAAAUAAUAAUGAUCGUAAAGAAUAUGUACGUAUACGAUCAACAUCAUCAUCAUCAUCAAAUGAAAUGGAUUCGAUAGAACAAUGUGCUAUUUGUUUGGAAGAUAUACGUGAAAAAACUAGAUUAGUACCUUGUUUACAUCAAUUUUGUCAAUAUUGUCUUUUUCAAUGGAUCAAUGUUAAGCUAUAUUGUCCUGUUUGUCGUCAAAAAGUGGAUAAAUUAAUGUUUAAAAAUGCAAAUAGUUAUGAUGAAGUUUUAAUCAAAUCAAAACCAACAAGAGUAAAUGAUGAUUUUAAAGAUUUUCUUUUUCAAACACCUACAAUGUUUAAAGUAGGAUUGAAAUGUUUACAUGAAUAUUUUAUGAAUCAUGCUGAUCUAAAACAAGUUACAAUCAAUAAUAAUGAUGAUAAUCAAAAAUUACCAAUAAUUAGUAUUGAAGAUUUUCGUCGUGGUCUUUAUGGUUCAUGUAGUAAUCGUAUUAUAUGGAUAUUUUUUCGUAAUAUGAUUUAUCAAUAUAAUCUAUCACCAUAUCGUGAUCAAAAUCAAAAUCGAAUCGGACCAAAUAUAAUUCGUGAUGUUUCAUUGAAUUUUCUACGUGAACGACCUGCACUUGUUUCACGUAUUGUUGAAUUUGCUAAAUUUGAUUUGGAAAAUUUACAAAAAGUUUUAAAUUUUGAAAUCGAUACCGUUAUUUAUAAUGAAAUUCAAAAUCUUUUGCUUAUUUAUGAUCUAUCAAGUAGUGAAUUUCGUUUUAAUUUACGUUCAUUAAUACAAAAAUAUUGUCAAAAAAGUACGGAUUUUUCCUAUAAAUUCUAUAGUGAAUUAAAUAAUUUUGCACGUAGUAAUCGUACAAAUGCUAUUGAAUAUGUACAAAAUACAUCUUAUAUAUUACAACAAAGACAUAAAUUAUCGGCUGAAAUUAUAACAUUAACUGAAUCAUCAUCAUCUGAUUCGGAUAUUCAAAUACUUGGUGGUGGUACAGAUUCAAUGAAUAAACGUAAAAGAAAUAAUGAUGAUGAUCAAAAUCUUAUUUUGUCUACACCAGGACCAAGUGGUCUGAAAAAACAUAAAUUAAAUUAUCAUCGAAAUAAAUGUCAAACCAACAGCACAAAUAAUAAUCAUCAUUGUAAUAACAAUGGAAAUAAUAAUGUUCGUUUAUAUACAAAAAAAGAUGUUCAUGAAAUGCGUCGUAUGAUACGUAAUGCACAAAAUUCUGAAUAUUUUUUUCGUAAAUUAUUAUUAGAAAUUAAGAAAAAAUUCUAUAAUCUUGAAACAAUACUUAAUACAAAACAUUUCAUACAUUUAACUGAAUAUUUUAAAGAUAUACUUUUAUCAUCAAAAUUAUAUCGUUCAAAUAAAUUAAAUAAUAUUGCAUCAAAACGUACAUUAACAAUUGAUGAAAUUAAUCAACGUUUGAAAAAAAAUUCACAAACAACAACAAGUUCAUCAUUAUCACGUUCACCACAUAGUUCAUCUGAAAGUGAUAGUAUUUCCGAUUGUCAAUUAAUAUUGGAACAAUAUGAAAAUGCUAAUCAAACACAAUUAAAUAAUCAGAUUAUUAAACAUGCAUUAUCACCAUCACAUUCAAUUACAAAUCAAUUAUUAAUGAUGCCAUCGAUUAAUAAUAUUCAAUUUGAAAAUCAUAUAUAUUCGGAAAGUGAUUGAAAAAAAGGAUUUUUUUCUUCAUCGUUAUAAUCAUCAUUAUAAUUAUCGUCAUCGUCAUUUGUAUUACUAAACAUUAAUUACUUUCACAAGUUGUAUUUUUUAUUAUUAUUAUUAUUUGAAUAAUUUUUUUUCUUCAAUAGUUAUUUGCGACAUUUAAUACAUUUAAUCUUGUAAAAAAAAAUUUUCUUUGAAUGGAUCAAUUGUCCAAUAUCAUCAAUUA